GGUCACAUGUCUUUUUAUAUUUCUUUAUCACGGGGAGCAUAAGGGAUUUUUGGUUUGUCUGGAUGGGGUAGAGAACCUGCUUUACUCCAACCCUGAACGUACUGGGCAUAAAUAGAGAAAGUAAAAUUGCUAAACUAGGGUAACUGACAUGAUAGGCCAGGCAAAACUCAGUUUGAUGUUACUGUAGACAGCAUUCAGAACUGAGGAUUAGGUAAAGACUAGACUUGAUGUUUUUCUUACCGGUUCGAGAGGCAUUGUGGUAGCCAAUUUACAGAGGAACCUGAAGACAACUGGAGAUGAGGGACAUGCCGUGGAUAUAUGCUGCGAUUAUCCUCUUGUUGCCUAAGGCAUGCCAUGUUUCAGGAACUAAUCAAACCAUCUCUGCGAACUCCGACACAUCUUCUUCUCCUAAACUUUAUGUUGUCAGAAAUGAAGCUUUCAAUGUGGGGAGUGAUGUUAACCUGACAUGCAGCAAUAAAACAUGGAAUGAGAUGAUGUAUGUCAUCUGGACAAUAGACAUGAAAUACAAUCCAAAAGAAUGUAAGAUAGCCUUUGACACUGAAGGCCGAAGCGAUGACUCCUGUAAAGAUGGAAAGUCACUUCGAAACACAUCCAGUGCUCAGUCAUACCUGCACAUCCCAAACUUCUCAGAUUAUGAUGUGGGGGUCUACAAGUGUGAGUCAGUUUACAGAGGAGCAAAUGAAAAUUAUAAGAUCCACGUGGCUAUAACAGUUCCUCCCAGUAUAUCAGCCUGGUUAGAGCGCAAGGACAACAGGAUGGUGGCAGUGUGCAAAGCUGAAAGUGGAAUACCUGCUGCCAACAUCAGCUGGAGUCACAUGGGAAACUCAUCAACUGUGAAAACAUCGAAUGACUCACGUGGAUUUUAUACAGUAGAAAGUCUUCUGGAGCUUCCAGAAGGAAUGGAUACAGUUAACCUGAGCUGUGUGAUCAGGCACCCAUACUGGAAAGGGGAAAAGAUUUUGGUACCAGAGCUCCAAAAAGGGUAUGUUCUAUGGCUCUGUGUCCUUAUCGUUGUGGUGAUCAUUGUGUUUUUGGCAGGAGUAUUAUUUUUUGCACAAAAGAAAAUAAUAAUGUUAAGGCAAUGCCAGCAGUCCGACGACACCUCAUCACCAUCCAAGUCUCCACCGAUAGAGGAUGUGGAGGAAGUGGAGCCCUAUGCCAGCUAUAUUCAACGUGUGAACUCUAUCUAUAACUCAUCUGAUUUGUACACAUAAAAUCCUGCACAUGCAUCACACACACACACACUCUUUGUGAGAAACUGAAGGCUGUGAAACUGAGAACUGAUGAAAUAGUAAAGAGCGAUGAGUGUGAGAUGAAAGAGUUCCGAGAAGAGAGGGAAACCUCUCAGUUUGAUUCUGUCCUAAACUCUUGACUGGUGGAACAGGGGAUGUACCUAAUGUCAGACCCAUGCACAGUACAUGCAGCCCACUACUCUCAUGGAGAACUUUAAUAAUAACUACAAAUGCAGUGAACGGCUGAAUUGGAAAGAAUACCGCCUUCAGCCAGACGCAGCACGCCAAGACUACAGAACUAAAGACUUUUCAUGCUGUCAUGAAAUACAUAGGUUGCAAUUAUAUAAUGAUUAUUAUUGUUACUAUUAUUAUUAGUUAUUUAACUGUAUAAAGAUGCUCUUAAUGGAUUCUUGCUGCAGUUAAUCCAGUAAAAGUGCCAAGUAGAGAACAGGUGUAAUUUAGUCACAGAAGUGUCUCAAGAUAAUGUAGACAUUAUUAUAUUAAGUAUUCAUGUUUUUGUAUGUAAUUGCACACGUUAAAAUACAUCUCUGCUCAAAAUGUACUUGUUUGAAUGCCUACCUUUUGUAACUUUUUAUCAACACUGAACAAUCCAAAUAAAUGGUGAGUAAUGGAA